CUUGUCCAAGUUGCUGAGCUCGCCACGGUCGUCGGCACCCGAGUGCUGCCCCUGCUGCUGCUGUAGGCAGCGCCCGCCUGUCCUUACCCCCCUCCUAUACCACACCCUAAUUCCACCGAAAUGAAGUCCGACAUUGCAGAGGAACCCCGCGCGCAUCGGCCGUAUACCCUCUCCUUCUACGCGGUCCUGCUCAUCGUCGCGCCCUUCUGGCUUGUCCCUCCACUCGCCUGGAUCUUUGUCAUCUAUACCCUACGCGCAGGCAGACUGUAUACUGCCAGCUGGAGCUAUCUCGCUCUGUUCACACUCGCGCUCUGCGAGGUGUUCUUCAGCGUCCACUACUAUCAUCUCUCCCGUCGCGUAGCGGGUCCUACCCCCGUCGGCCCAGGUUCCUUGCGUGAACUCACCAUCCAGUUUACGCGCAUCCUCAAAGCUGGCCUCGCCAGUCUCCCCGAGGAUGGCUUCGAUGAGGAAACCACCGACGCCCCGCGCCCCGGCUCCCCCGCCGAGCACAUCAUCCAGCUAGAGCGCCACGACCCUCGCGCUGUCGAUUUCCGCCACACUCUGCGCAACUGGUUCGGCGGCGCACCGUGGUCCUCGAUCGACGUCCAUCACGUGCGGCAAUGGCUCUACUGGUCCAUGUUCAACGCCGCGCUUCCCCCGCUCGAUACUCUGCCCCACACGCAUCGCGCUGCUUUGAAUGAGACGCUUGAUCUAUUGCAGAAGCGCGCCGGGGCUGUCCUUCCCGAGCGCGUUGCCGAACCCAGCUGUGCCGUAAAGCCCAUACUUCUCACAGUCGAUAAGGUCAAUAUCCACUGGCGCCCGUUCACGUUCUAUGCUGCUUUAUGGGUCGUCAAUCGCACACUCCGCGUCUGGCUCAUGCACAAGUUUAAUGCUACUUACGCCUCUUACGAUGGUCUAGAAUACAUGCUACGCAUACCUCCUACUUGGAACUCUGAAACUGGCCCUCGGCCCCUUAUCUUCGUGCAUGGUCUCGGCUUAGGCCUCCUUCAAUACAGCAUGCAACUCAACUACCUCUUCUCCCGUUUCUCCGACCGCCCAGUCCUCUUCCUCCUCCAGCCCAGCAUCAGUCAGGACAUCUUCCACCCACGCUUCCUCUCCCCGCCCAGCCGCCGCGAGACGUCGAAGCGACUCGCGAAGCUCAUCGAGUCGCUUGGGUGGGCCAGCCUGCAGGAAGAGUUCGUCGGCUCGGAUGAUGAGAUCGCGGUCGCGCGCGCGUUGGCGAAGCAGAAGCGCCCUUCUGGGGUGACGAUGCUCAGUCACUCGAACGGCUCGUACGCCCACGCGUGGAUGCUCAAGGACUACCCGAACAUCGUGACACGCAGUUGCUUCGUCGACCCGGUCACCUUCUGUUCUUGGGAAGGUGACGUGUGCUACAACUUCUUGUACAGACAACCGAAGAAUGGCAUCGAACUCCUCAUGUACUACUUCGUCGGCUCCGAGCUCGGCGUCGCGAACCUCCUCCAGCGCCACUUCGACUGGUCCUCCAACUCGCUGUUCUACGAGGAGAUCCCGAACGCGCGCGACCCGCACCGGUCGAUGUUUGUCGUGGGUGGGAGGGAUUCGAUUUUGAAUGCGGCGCGCGUCAAGAAGUACCUCACCUCGCACGGCGUACGCAAGGGUCUGAUCUUCGACCCUCACGCCGUGCACGGACAAGCCAUGAUGAUUGGCGGCCAGUCGCAUACGAAGAUCAUGAACUGGGUGGCGGAGUGUUAGGUCUCAAGGGAUACGUCUCGGAAAUCUUGACAAUUGGUGCAGGCUUCGGUGCCUCCCGAACCAUGUAAGUAUGUGCCACUAAGCCAUGAAGUACAUUAUACCUAUGUAGCGGACUAAAUAAUGCGGACGGAACCUUGGACGAUAAUUGAUCUCUGUAAGCGGUUCGUACACACCAUUAGGCUGUUGCUCGACAUUGUUGAAAGGUGGAAUGAGGUGGAAGAGGCCACUAUGUACGCCUGGUAGGAUCAUUUGUGGCAAUUUCUCCCUUUGCAGCAUACUACACACUGCCAUGCCUUC